AUGCUUACGGUACGGAUUUCCUUCUGGCUGAAGUGCAGUGUGCGUAAUUACAGGAUUUGUGAGCGCCACCUUGAACUGGAACCUCUUUGCUGCCUCUCCUCAUGUCUUGUACGUGGCGGCUGUACUGCUGUUGCCGCAUUUGAGUACACUUACAUUGUUAUUACAGUUAUUGCAAUCAUAUUACGUUUACAUGAGAGUGGACAGUUCAGGUUUUGGUCUCAGUUCAAGCUGUCGUACAAUCUGAUAGUUACACACAAAGCAUUUCUCUACGUUUUGUUAGGCUACGACUUAGUAAGCUUCUUUAAUAUGUAA